AAUCCACAAUUGACAGUUUUGACAGAACACCUGAAAUUUAUAGCAAUUUGUAGAGGAGAAUUCCAAGUAAAAUACUUUGUAAUUUUUUAAUAUUAGUGGAAAUUUUAAUAAUCAUUACUCAUACGAUUUAUCUUUCGAACGAUUACAUUUUGUGUCUGUUGUGUUACGAACUUAAGUGAUUAUCUUUUAAUAUUUAUGCGAUGAAUUUCUGAAAAAGUUGAUAUCAAACAAUAGUGUUAACUGUUUUAAUUUAUUUGUUAUUGUUCUCGUUUUGAGUUGGUUAAAAAAAACUGGGGCUUAAAGAUACUAGUAGCACCAAAAUGGUGGACUAUUACAGAGUCCUUGAGGUGCUAAAAACCGCUACAACAGCAGAAAUUAAAAAAGCAUAUAGGAAAUUGGCUUUGAAAUGGCAUCCCGAUAAAAAUCCAGAUAAUCUUGAAGAAGCAACCAAAAAAUUUAAAGAAAUUUCAGAAGCCUAUGAAGUAUUAUCUGAUGAUACUAAAAGAAAAAUAUAUGACAAUAGAAGCAGCCGAUCAACUCCUUCGAAAUCAAGGUCCUACAGAAGCCAUUUCGAUUUCAAUCCUUUUUCACAGAGAUACUUUGAGAAAAAGCGACGCGUUUACGAUGAAUACGGUAAAGAAGGAUUAAUAAAUGGAGGCAGUCGCGGAAGGAGCAGACACGAAGACGAUUUCGAUCUAGGAGGAUUUGGAUUCUUCACUUUCAGAGAUCCAGAAGAUGUGUUCAGAGAAUUUUUCGGUGCCACAGUAUUUGAUCUAUUAGAUCCUCAUUCUAGAGACAGAAGACGUCACAGACAUUCUCACCCUCAAAAUGCCCUAAGCACAUCGAUGUUUAGUCCUUUCGGUUUACAAAUCGGUGGAGGGUUGAUGGACGAUUUUUUCAAUACGGGUCCUCACACGGGUGGUUUUACAUCAUUUAGUUCAAUAAACGCUUCGUUUAACGGCGCCCCGAGUAACGCUAACGUUAAAAGGACCUCAACUUCUACGAGAUUCGUCAACGGAAAGAAAAUUACAACAAAAAAGAUCUACGAAAAUGGCAAAGAAACCGUAUUAUCAUUCGAAAACGACGUGCUGAAAUCAAAGACUGUCAACGGGGUUUCUCAAAGUAUAACUUACAGUUAAAUAAUUAAUUUUGAAUAAUUAUUUUUUUUCCACUUUAGCCUAAUUGUAGUACUUACACAACUUUUUCAAUAGGACAUAUAAAUAUUAUUCCCAUUGAAGCUCAACGCUAGUGUAAUCCUAUGUCGCGGUAAAGUCGUGUUAAUUGUUCUUUUUUUGGAAAAUAUAGAUGUGUCAAGGUGUACAAUUAGUUUAAGUUGUUCGUAAUAACCAUAUUCUGAUUCGAAACAAAUUUGCACACACACCUUGGAUUUUUUUUGGUAUUACAGUGGAGACUUGAUUAACCAGACUAAAAAUCAUCUAAUAAAACCAACAAUGAUGAAGAAUUGAACAUAUGUAUCAUUUAGUUUAAUUUUUGGUAUCUGUAGUUCGAAUAAAAUCUAUUAAACACAGAUAAACGAGCUUCCACUGUACUUAGAAGAUUUAAUCGUUGUCAAAUUUCAAAAUACUUCUAGAUGUACAUCAAGAAAUUCUAGUGGACAGAUCGAGACGUUGAGUUGGUCUUUUUCUUUCCCUUAUAUCCGGUACAAAUGAACCUAGUCGAAAUAAAAAGUUGUCACUGUCUUCGGUUACUCCAUUUUACAAUUUCUUGACAUUUCGGUAGUUUAGUGUAUAUGUCAUCGUUUAAAUAAAAAAUAUUUGUGACAAAGCACUGAUCCGAUUUAAAACCAGGCUUUGCUGAUAUUCACUAACAAAUUAAUAUAUUAAUAAUGCUUGGUCUUUAUCUCUUUAUAUUUUACCGAAUAAAUCAUUUUUUUUUCAGUUCCAUUCCGUUAAUGACAUUAAUUUGUGCGUUAAUUUUUUCUUUAUUUAUUAAAAACAAAAAUAUAAAAUAUUAAGGGUAAAGAUUAUGAAGUGAAUUUCAGUAAACCUCUAUUGUAACCUCACUACAUUGGCUUCAGCAGUGAAUUGACUGUAAUUAUAAUUAAUUUUAAGGAUAUGUUGUUAAAUUACAACUCCCAAUUAACUUGUAAAUUUGUCAUUCUAAAUUUUAUUUUAUUAUAUAGUUAUAAUAAAAUAUUACUCAUC